GUUUCUUCUGCUGUUUCUGCUGUUUCUUCUUCUUUUGCUGCUUUUGCUACUUUGUUGGUCGAAAAUGACGUGAUCAGAGAUCCGGGCCGAGGGUGGAUCCAAAACGGAAAUAAAAUUCAAUAAAAAUAAAAAUAAAAAAUAAAUUUAUAAUAAAGAAAUAACUAUAAAGAAAAAAGAAAAGAGCAAACACAGCUUUCAACACAAUUCAAAUGCACAGAGGAGGCUACAGAGGAAGCAGAGGAAGCAGAGGCAGCUACAGAUCCAGGGGAUCAUCUAACUACAGAGGGUUUUACGCCAGCCAUGGCUACGAAGGCAGCUCUGAGUACCAGAGCAACUAUCCUCGAUACAACGACACCAAAGCUGAUUCACGACCAUACAGUCUGAGGGACUACUAUCUGAGGGACUACAAGAGAGAGUACCACCAGAGGGAUUAUCCCAGAGAGUACCACCAGCGAGACUACAGCCAGAAAGACUAUCGACGACCCUACCCAGGUCCAAGAGACUACUCCAGAUCAAAGUCAAGAGAUGCUCAGGAACAGGAGAAUGAUCCCAAAAAUGGUGACGCUGCUUACGAAGACGAUAAACAGAUCAACAACACUGAUCCCAACGAGAGGAACGAUGCACACUACAAAGAGAACGAAAACGAUAACGACAAUCACAAUGAUCGCCCCCAGACCAACGAUACCAAAUCCAUAAAACCUGAAAACCAAGGCAAUAGCAAAGAAGUUUCCACUUUACAACAGAACAACAAUAAACCUAUAAACACAAGGAGCAAGAAUCCUGCUCCAAUUUACAAACAAAACACAUAUCACAAUGCCUCCAAAAGCUACAACGGUUACAACAACAGCUACAACAAAUAUAACAACUACAACAACUACAACGAUUACAAUGAUUACAACAGCUACAACAGCUAUGAAACUGAAAAAUAUAAAAACGAUAACUACAAAAAGGAUACCUACAAUGGCCCAAAAUAUAGCAAAAAAUACAGCUCAAAUACUCACCAUAAUAUCCCAUAUAAUCAUAGAGUAUCUUCACACACUCACUCAAGUUCAAAUCCAAACUCAAGUUCAAAUACCAAUACAAACACUCCAUUAUCUUCAAAUACUCCCAAUAUUAAUAACCCAAACAACAAUAACAAUAACAAUAACAAUAACAAUAACAAUAACAAUAACAAUAACAAUAACAAUAAUAAUAACAAUAAUAAUAAUAAUAAUAAUAAAGUAAUACUAACAAUGGAAAAUAACACACUAAUUAAUGAUCCUAUUUUAAAUUACCCAAUUCCUGAAUUAUAUUCCUUCAAUCUUAUCAAAAUUGAGGAUAAGGCCCUAAAUACUCAAUUCAUUAAUAAUUACAAAAAAUUAAACCAAAUUAAUGAAAAUUUAAAUUCUUUACUAUUAAAAAAUAAGAAAACUUAUAAAACCUAUGAAAAUUACAAAAAAUUGUCUGUUUUAAAUAAUUUAAAUGUUCAUUUAACUAACGACUCAUUAGAAAGAUUGAUUACUUAUUAA